GAAUAUUUUCUUUUCCUUAUCAUCAGCCGCGAAACUGAGAGCCCGAGAGACUACACUAAUACUAGCUACAAAAGUAGAUGGCGAUUCAGCUCUCAGGCCUAUGGCUUCCAAACUCUCCUGCAAUCCCGGGACUCUUCCUUCAGUUCCCGACAACCAAACCCAAGUCAUCUCCAACGGCUCUCGCAGCUGCAGCUUCUUUCUCGUCCCCACCUUCCACCAUCCAGAUUGUUGGUGGGAAAGUUCCCAGUUGGCAUGAAAAUGGGAAUGCCAAUUCCAAAGAUGGAUGUCAUGGAGAGAGUGAUUGGGUUGAGCUGGAUGCUGAUCUUUAUCACUGGACAAAGGCACUGCGACCUGUUCAGUGGUAUCCUGGUCAUAUAGCAAAAACAGAAAAACAGCUUAAAGAGCAACUUAAGCUAAUGGAUGUGGUGAUAGAGGUGCGAGACGCAAGAAUUCCAUUGUCAACUAGUCAUCCACAGAUGGAUUCGUGGCUGGGAAAUAGGAAAAGAAUUCUGGUGUUGAAUAGAGAAGACAUGAUAUCCACGGCAGACCGAAAUGCUUGGGCUACUUAUUUUUCAAGGCAAGGAAUGAAGGUUGUCUUUUCCAAUGGGCAACUCGGGCUGGGCACUAUGAAGCUGGGGCGGUUAGCAAAGGCAUUAUCAGCAGAUGUGAAUGUCAGACGCAGAGCCAAAGGACUACUUCCACGGGCGGUACGAGCUGGAAUAGUUGGAUAUCCAAAUGUUGGAAAAUCAUCUUUGAUAAACCGUUUGCUGAAGCGAAGAAUGUGUCCAGCAGCUCCCAGACCAGGUGUCACAAGAGAGUUGAAGUGGGUUCGUUUUGGAAAUGACCUUGAGUUGCUGGACUCUCCUGGAAUGAUUCCGAUGCGGAUUGGUGAUCAGUCAGCUGCAAUAAAGCUUGCUAUAUGUGAUGACAUUGGAGAGAGAUCAUAUGAUGUUGCUGAUGUUGCUGCAAUUCUUGUACAGAUGUUGGCAAGGCUUUCAUCAGUCGGCACAAAACCUCUUUACAACCGUUACAAGAUUGAUGUGGAUGGUCAAUGUGGUAAAACAUUCGUUCAGAAGCUUGCACUUCACUUGUUCAGUGGUGACACUCAUCAAGCGGCUUUUCGUAUUCUCUCCGAUUUCCGGAAAGGGAAGUUUGGUUGGAUCGCAUUGGAGAGGCCUCCCAGUUAAUGCCCUUGAAUAUUUUCGUAUUGGAAAAUAAGGACUUUUGAAGCUUUGACUGCAAUCCUGGACAUGCCAAAAGAAUGCUAAUGUCCAUCAGAAGAACCUAGUAACCAUCAUCAAGAUUGGAGAACAUAAAUCUUGGUAAGUAAGGUUUCAUUAUGGAAGAACAAGUCCCACAACUUUACAAUACCACCACAUAGAACUUGACAGGAGAGAUUUCAGGUGGUCCAAACUGGGAUAGCUCCAUGUAAGGUAAUUAAAAUUUUGUUGUCAUUUUCUUCAGUUUGCACAGUAACCAGCGACCAUAAUGUGACAUCCUCUUUUACUGACUAUUUCAUGCACCAUGUGGUGAAUGUAUGUAAAUUGAACAGAGGAUCACUGAUUAUACCUCAUUUCUAGACAGAAACAUGUAUUAUGGCAUUUGUUUAUCUGCCUAAAGAGCCCACUUCUAAAGAUUGCGGACAUGA